GAGCAUUUUCAAGAACUCGUUUGAAGGCUCCCUUAGUGCCCUUGUAAAUCUCACUCGCCUCCAACACCUGAAUGUGGCUGGCAACAACAUAGGACCAGACAUACCAUCCACUGUAUCCCGCCUUUCCCUGCUCUCUUACAUCGAUCUUGCGUACAAUCGUCUGAGUGGCCCCAUCGACCCCCUAACGGCCCUCACUGCCCUGCAAGACCUGGCGUUUCAUCACAAUGCUCUCUCGGGCUCUUUUCCCGUGUCCAUCUCACGCCUGUCUCGCCUCACUUCUCUUCAAAUCGGCAACACUAACUUCACAGGCACCCUUCCCGCAUCCCUGGGCCAACUCACGAGUCUCCGCAGCUUGCUCUUGGAUGACACAACAAUGGGGGGUUCGCUGCCAGCAGCCCUGGGUAACCUCACACGCCUUACUGAGAU